CAAACACGCGCCCCAAUGCAGUUUGGGGAAGGUGAAUUCUGCUUUUUAAGGUCGACUUUUUCCUAUUUUGAAGCUCAAACAUACAGCGUUGGCAAACAAACGCUGGAAAAGGAUUCCUGCAGGAGGAUUUGAGCUUGAAAAAUAAGCGCUUUUCUGCAAAGACCUGAUUAAAAAAAAAACUUCUGGUUUGGAGAUUUAAGGUGAAGGUGCACAAAUAUAAACGUGCUGUUUACCUGUGACCCACUGCCCCGCCCGCCUGUAAAGCUGCAGAUAAAAGCUGCAGCAGCUGCAGAGCAGACAGGAGUAGUCAUGGACCUGUCCACCAGCCUGAUCCUGGUGGUUCUCACCACGGUUCUGCUCUGGCUGCUGAACCGCAGGAACAGCAGGAAGCAGCGUUUGCCCCCGGGCCCCCCCGCACUGCCCCUCAUAGGAAACCUGCUGCAGCUGGACAAGAAGAGACCCUUCAGGACCAUUGUGGAGCUCAGUAAGACCUACGGUCCUGUGAUGACCAUCUACAUGGGCUGGCAGAGGGCCGUGGCCCUGGUUGGUUAUGAUGCGGUCAAAGAGGCUCUGGUGGACCAAGCAGAUGACUUUGUGGGGAGAGCGCCGCUGCCGUUUCUCUAUAGAGCUACCAGAGGAUACGGGAUCGGGAUCAGCAACGGGGAACGCUGGCGCCAGCUGCGGCGCUUCGCUCUGACGACGCUUCGGGACUUUGGGAUGGGACGGAAAGGGAUGGAGCAGUGGAUCCAGGAGGAGAGCAGACAUAUAAGAGCGCACAUAAACUCAUUAAAGGGAAAACCCUUUGACCCCACAUUCUUGCUGAGCUGCGCCGUGUCCAACGUGAUCUGCUGCUUGGUCUAUGGAGAGCGCUUCAACUAUGACGACAAGCAGUUCUUGGAGCUUCUUAAAAUGAUAUCGGAGAUUUUGGGCUUCAACGGCGGCCCCAAGGGAGCGAUGUACAACCUCUUCCCGUGGCUCAUGGAGCGUCUUCCAGGCCAUCAGCACACUAUCUUCGGCUACAUUGAGGACAUAAGAAAUUUUGCCAAGAAGAAGAUCCAGGAGCACAAAGACACGCUGGACCCGAGCUCUCCGAGAGACUUCAUCGACUGCUUCCUCCUCCGCAUGGAUCAGGAAAAGGACAAUCCCACAUCUGAGUUCCACUAUGAGAACCUGGUUUCUACGGUUCUGAAUCUGUUCCUGGCAGGAACAGAAACCACCAGCUCCACCAUCAGAUACGCUCUGAGUGUGCUGAUCAAACACCCCAAAAUCCAGGAGAAAAUGCAGGAGGAGAUCGACUCUGUCAUCGGGAGAGAACGAUGCCCCUCCAUGGAGGAAAGGAAGUCCCUCCCCUUCACAGACGCCGUCAUCCACGAGGUGCAGCGAUUCAUGGACCUCACACCUUUCAGCCUCCCUCACUAUUCUCUGAAGGACAUUUCAUUCAGAGGUUACACCAUCCCCAAGGACACCAUGAUUUUUCCCAUGCUGCACUCUGUGCUUAGAGAAGAUAAGCUGUGGUCAUCUCCCUGGUCCUUCAACCCCCAAAACUUUCUGGACCAGAACGGAAACUUCAAGAAGAACCCUGGAUUUGUGCCGUUUUCUGCAGGGAAAAGAGCCUGUGUUGGAGAGUCUCUGGCUCGGAUGGAGCUCUUCCUCUUCAUCGUGUCUUUCCUGCAGGAUUUCACCUUUUCUGCCCCAAAUGGCCCCGACAGCAUCAACUUGGUUCCAGAGUACAGCGGCCUCGCCAACCUGCCUCGCAGGUACGAGCUCAUCGCCACUCCACGCUGAAGGAGCAGGUCCACCCAGGAGCUUCAUUCUUGUAAAUGGAGAACAUUACUUAAGCUGUAAUCAAACAUGGAGGACACCUCCCACCUGCUGCUCCAGACCUGAGCCCUACCAGUGCAGGGAGGAGCAGCAUGUUUAGUUGAGAAGUUUCAAUAUUCAUGCUAAAAUCCAUGGAAAAUUUGUGAUUAUAAUGAUUGGUGUAAUUUAGAAAAUCUGUUUACAUUCAUUUUUUCAUUCUAUUUUAUGCAGUCUGAUUAAGGUACUUGAUUAAAUACAUUUUUCCUCUAUAAAAAGAAUUCCUUAAUAAAUAAAAAAAACCUCCUCUUUUCAAA